GCUGAAUUCCUAAAGAAUGUGAGUACACGAAGGUGGGGGUGACCCAAUGGAAGCGUGCUUCCGGCAAACAAUUGAUAGAGCCACCCAAUCGCACUAUCACGAUUUACAGCUGUAUCUUUCUUGCUUCACUUCUCGACAUAUUCGAGCAAUAUGGCAACAUCUAAGCACCCUCUCUUCCCGGACCGUCCUUCCGAGCCUACAGCAGACCAGAUCAGCACUGCCCUCUCCGCGUGUCUCGCAACUCAAGAGCGCGGACAAGCGCAAGGCAAACGCCCAUUUGGGGCAGUGCUCCUUGGUCCUGACCAUACCACCGUCCUCCUCACCCACUUCUCCAUCUCGCACGUGGAGCACGCCGAGGCCUCCAUCGCGCGCCUGUCCGCACUGCACUUCUGCCAAGACUACCUUUGGCAGUGUACGCUAGUGUCGACGUGGGAGCCUUGUGCGAUGUGCGCGGGCACGAUGUAUUGGGCCAACAUUGGGCGGCUGGUGUAUGCGGCGAGCGAGGAGACGCUGGCGAAGCUGACCGGCAAGGGGAACGAGGAGAACAUGACGCUGGCGCUGCCGUGUCGGGAGUUGUUCGCACGCGGUCAGAAGGAUAUCAAGGUCGUAGGCCCGGUUGAGGGGUGGGAGGAGAAGGUUGCGACGCAGAGCGAUAAGUAUUGGGGACCGCUCAGGGGGAAGAAGUGAGUGGGUUAUACUUGGAAGCGUGUAGGUGGUAGAUGGUGUAAAACAAAAAUACGCUUCACAACAAUCAUGUCGCUCUGAGCAAUGGGCGUUCAAUAUAUGCUGAAAAAUAAUGAAUAGCUUAAAUUACGAG